AUUUUGAAGAAUCGCACUGUUCCGGUUUUCAAGGCGCCGUUGCUGCGUGCUGCUUCACUGCUGUAGUUUACGUUUUAUCACAAUUAUGCGGAAAGCUGCACAAACUCACUCGCUGCAAUGCUUUUAGAUGCCUGCAAACAUGAAAGUGCUACUUCUGAAAGAGCCACGAGAGAGUGAGGAUGAAGCAGACCCUUAUAUCCAGGAAUUGGCCUCUUGUGGACACACAGCUUCUUUGAUUCCGGUUCUGUCCUUCAAGUUUGUGUCUCUAGAUGAGCUUUCUGAGCGGCUCUUUGAGCCCGAGCGGUUUGGAGGUCUGAUCUUCACCAGCCCCAGAGCCGUGGAGGCCGUCAAGACCUGUUUAGACUCUCAGAAACAAAGACGCAAAUGGGACGCAGUGAAAGACAAAUGGAAUGAAAAGUCAGUUUAUGUGGUUGGAAAAGCGACAACAUCUUUAGUUGUAGAUUUGGGUCUGAAUCCUCUGGGUGAAGAUACUGGAACCGCAGACGCUCUCGCUCUGCUCAUCCUACAGAGAGAAAAUCAAGAGAUUCUGCCGCUUUUCUUUCCCUGCGGCUCCAUCAAACGUGAAAUUCUGCCCACCGCGCUCAGAAAGAACCAUAUUCCUCUUGAGACUCUGAUCAUCUACCAGACAUCAGAACAUCCUGAUCUACAGAAGAACAUCACUGACUAUUUCACUCAGCAGGGUGUCCCGGCGAGUGUGGCAUUCUUCAGUCCGUCCGGAGUGACGUUCUGCUUGGAUUUGGUGAAGAGACUCUCAGGAUCUCAGCUGGAGCAGAUAAAGUUUGCGUCGAUUGGACCGACCACAGCAGACACGCUGCAGACGCACGGACUGACGGUCAGCUGCUGCGCUGAGAAACCCACAGCCAAACACCUCGCCUCCGCCAUCACACGCGCCCUACACACCUGACCCCUGACCUCUGACCCCUGACCACCACAGUCCUGCUUUUCAGAUCAGAGCUUCUCUUGCAGUUGAUAUUAGACAUAAAUAAUGAACUUUUAAAGAAGUGAUUGCAUUGAUAUCUCUCUUAUCUGUAUUUGUUUUGUGGCUGUAUAUUUUUAUGCAUGCUGCACCUGAAGCAACUUUUUAUUUUGUGACUCACACUUUUGUCUGUGUCUGCGUUUCAUGUUGAACAACUUUCAGUCUGAGAUUAUUCAUGUGAAAUGGUGGCUUGAACAUCUUUUGUGUUGUUAUAACUGAAGGAUUUUUAUUUGCAUUAUUUGGAUGGAAGAUGAAAUAUAAAAUGAAAAACAAA